AUGGCUGAAACGAAAGAGGAAGUUAAAGCUUAACCUAAAGUUUAUGCUUAUGCAGAUUUAAUUGAAUUCGAAAAUAAGCAAGCCUUUAGUUCAAUAGGAAAGAUGCCACUAUCAACUAAAUAAACAUUGCCUAGUUUUAGUUUUGGCUCAGCUGAACGUGCUAAUCAAGCUAAACUUUAUCACAACAAAGAACUUGCAAGAAUAGAUUUUGCUGGUAAGAGAAUUAUAAAUAUGAUUAAAGGUAAGGCUAGUCCUGGACCUGUGUAUAAUGUACGAGGAGGAGAUCAUUUUUAUUAUACUUAAGAUGCAAAUACUAAAUUCGGAACUGAUGCACGUAAUACUUUAAACACAGGAGCCAAAUUUGAUUACUAUUAAAGGAAGGAUGUGGAUGUAAACUUUAACAAUAAUAAUGAUAGUUUGAACCUUAAGAAGCAGAUCUGAUUAGAAAACCCAAGCAUCCAAACGUUAAGAUUGGAUUAGAAUCUAGAGUAUGAUUCUAAUCUAUUAAGUUUCCUCCUGAAAAAAGAUUAAAGGGAACUCCUGGCCCUUAAUAUGACCCAGCUAUUAAACCAGAAGUACCUACUCCUGCUCAAUAUUCAUUUGGAUAUAGGAGAGACAUACCAGGGGCAUCAGCCUUGGCUCCAACUUGUUCAACUCCAGUGAUAGUGGGGCCAGGUGCAUAUUUGUAGAAGCCUCCUGCAAAUACAAGCAAUUUGGAGGAUGCUCCUCAUUGGACAUUGCCAAAAGGACCAAAAUUAGGAAAGAUCUUUGAAGGAUGGGAUAAGAAUUAAACAUAUGAUACAAAAUAGUAAUCUUAAUGAGAUAAAAAGGGUUGCUGUAGGAGUACAAGUGAAUUCUAAGAAAAAGUCAUAUCCAUCAUUUAGUGUUGGUAAAUCAACAAGGGAAGCCAAGGUUGGACAUUUCAAGUAAUUGAUGGUCAAGGUUCCAUCAAAGGUGCAUAUACCCCAUCCAAAAAUAUGAUUAUUUAAAGAUUUCAUAUUAAGAAUAUAUUUAUUUUUCAUUUAUAUUUUACAUUAAUAAAAAUAAUGCAAAAAUAUUUAGGUGCCAUCUACUACGAAUUCAGAUACUUGAUGGGUCGUGCUUUUAAAGAGACUGGGUUGUGUAAGUGAGCAUAUGUGUAAACUGUAUAGAUUUUGAUCAAUAUGGGUCUCGUUUAUCCAAUGACAUUGCUUGGUUAGAGCCAUUAUCAAGACAUAGAAAGAUUAUGCCAUUAUUUGGAUACUACAAACCUAGAAUAAGUGAAUCAGCCAACAUACAAGAUAAUGCAAGUUUGAUUGGGUAAGUGAACCUUGGAGAGAAUGUGUAAAUUGGAUAUGGAGCUAUCUUAAGAGCAGAUGAUCAAGCCAUUAGAAUAGGUUCAAAUAGUGUGGUUGGAGAUAAUACAGCAAUCCAAUGUUCUAGAACUCGACUUCCUACAAAUGUAUUGGCAAGUGUAACCAUUGGUAUGUAUUUUUAUUAAUUUUUAUCUUUUAGGUUAAAAUGUUACCAUUGGAGAUAGUUGCAUUAUUAAUAAUUCAAUAAUUGAUGACAAUGUUACUAUUGGAUCUAGAACACUCAUACUUGAUGGUGCUCAAAUUGAAAGAGGUUCAUAGAUAGCUGAAGAUAGUGUUGUACCUCCAGGAAGAUUGAUUCCUUCAGGAUAAUUAUGGGCAGGCAAUCCAGUAUAAUUUGUUAGAAACUUGAAUGAAAAGUAGAUCAAUUGAAA